CGCGGCCGUGGGGAUGCGACGCGGCCAGGCUGGGCGAAUGCCAGGCUGAGUAGCGCUUGGUCUGUAUCGGGUCUGCUCCUCCGCUCGGGCAGAAGAGAGCGUUUUUCACUGGCGAUGGCUGUUUUUCCCGCUCGCUAGGUUUUUUGUUUUUCCGGGGGAGGGCGUACGCACCUUCGCUAGACAGUUUUUGAUAACCGUGGAUUCGAAGUUUGAUAGGACGGAGCCCGUGAGCUCUCAGCGCGACUGGCCCUUGUUUCCCCUUGUGGUUAUGUUUUGGAAAUCAGCAGUUUCAGAACUCAGCUGUUUAAAUUAAGCGUUGGUUAAUUUCACAGAACAGCCCACGUGAAUUCAGGCUGACCCAGUCGUAGUUGGCUUUUUGCAUCCCUGUACAUGUCUCAUGUCCUUGCUUGUUUGUGCGGGUCUUGUAUGUACGUAGUAUUUGCUAGUCAGUCCAGCCUGCUUUCGCAUUUGCCACUCUCCUACAGCCUUAAUCUCCCUAGUGCGGGGAUUACAGGAGUACGUCAUCACUCCCAGCUGAAUUUUUUAAUUGACUUAUAAUAAUUGUACGUUUAUGAGGUACAGUAGGAUGAUACAUCAGUUCAUGCGUACUGUGUGUAAUGGUCAAAUCAGUGUAAUUAGCAUUUCUGUUUUAGUAUUUCUUCUUUGCGGGUUUGGAACCUUUAAACUCCUUCCCCCCCCCCCCCCAGCUCUUUAUACAUUGUCAACAGUAGCCAUCCCGCUGUGCUGCAGGCCAUAACUAUUUUAUUCCUCCUAUCUGUCGGCAUUUGGUUCCUAUUACUGAACUUUCUCCCACUCCAUCUUUUCCCUUUCCCAACUUCUUCUGCUGCUACUUUGCUAACCUCUUGUUCUGCUCUAUUUUUCCAUGAAAUCAACUUUUUUUAAGCUUCCACAGAGGAGCAAGAACGUGCCUUGGCUUUAUCUGCUUGGCAUAUUUUACUUGGCUUAACUUUCCCCACACUGCUGCAGAUUAGACCUUUUUUCUGACUAAGUGAUAUAUUUACUCAUUUGUAUCCGUUGUUGGGCACCUCCACUGAUUCUCUGCUUUCAUACUAUGAACAGUGCUGCAAUGAUUGUGUUUUCUUUAGGUCUGUUCUCAGUCGUAGGCUGGCUGGAUCAUAGGGUUGUUUUGUUGUUUUGAGAUAGGGUCUUCUCGCAUAUUCUAAGCUGCCAUUCCCUUGUCUCAGCACCAAGGUGCUGGUAAUAUAAAUAUGUACCUCUGGGCCACUAGGCAAGGACUGAUAAUUCUAUUUUUAGUUUUUUGGCAAUAGGUUUUUUUUGGUUGGUUUUUGUUUUUUUAAAGGAAAAUAUUCAUAAUUGAAUCAAAUUUCUGAGAAAUCCCAAAUAUAAAACCUUCUCCCCUACUUUACUAUUGGGUUUCAAACUUUGCCUUGCACUCCUGCACUAAUAGAAUUAUUUUAGUUUUUUUUAUAUUGUUUUUUGAAAAACACCUUGGAAAAUAUAGACUAAAUUAGCUGCCUCUGGUUGACAGUUUUAUAAUGUAGUGUUAUAAUGUAGUGUUGUCUCAGGUAGAACCCUAUGCUGUUUGCUCUUUUAUUUGUAGGGUAAUCACAGCAGUCUGUAUUCAGAAAACUCAAUACAGAGAAAGAAGCUCAGUGCAUAAGCUGAAAAUUAAAAUAGCAUGAUUAGUGUUGUUAGGUUUAAGAUAUUGGCACCACUGUCGUGGGUUUCCACCAGAGAAGAUCCUGGGACAUGCAUUUAAGCCAAUAGAAAGUCUUUAUUAGCUGGCCGGCUGGCAACUACACUAGAUGUUCAAGAUUCCAUUGUAGCACCAAGCCUUUCUUAGGGUGAACAUUUAAGUACAAAAGCCAUUCUCUGGUUAACAUACGUCAGUUAACAAGAACAGCGAGAUGGAAGCAGAACUACAGAAGUCAGAAAGGAAGCUUAGUACAUUUAGAGACUUUCCCAGAACUAUGGACUUCGAUGAAUUAGGUCUUUGUUUUCUGGUAGUGUUGUCUGUGUGCUGAGUUUUAUGGCUUGAAUGGUACUUCCAUCAUGGAGUCAGUUAUGCUAAGACCUCAGGGCCUACUAAGGUCUAGAGGCCUAUUACAACCAUAAGAGAAAUGCAUAAUGUACACAAUCCUAAAUAUGAGAGAUGAAGAGUAAUAAAAUUCCACAAUACUGCUGUACCAUACCUUUUUACUGUUUUUUGAGAAAGGGUCUAACUUAGCAUGUGGCCCAGGCUGGCCUGGGACUUGCUGUAUAGCCUGGACACUGGUCGUAUAGCCUGGACUAGCCUUCAACUGCUUGAGAUAUGCCUGCCUCUGACUCUCAUGUGUAGUGCUUAGAUCAAAGGUGUGCACCACUGCACUUAGCAUGUAUAUUAUUGCUGCAGAAGAUAAGUGUGUAACUGACCUUGAACUUAAAAAUUUCUUUGAUGGCAGAAAUUGUGCUGUAUGUUUGAGUCUAAUUGUAUUGAAAGAGAAUGGCUUUGGUUUUGAAAUAGCUUUUAUGUUUGAUCCUUAAAUUACUUAUUUUCAUUGUUACAUUUACUGUUAGAAGUUUUCUCUUUUUUGUAGCAAUUUCUUAUUUUCAGUGCAUGGAAACUAGAAUUUCAGGAGGGUGUUUUUGUUACUGUUUUUUGAGAUGGGGUCUCAUUCUGUAGCUUUGGUUGGCCUGGAGUUAGAUAAUGUAGACCAGGCUGGCCUCAAACUCAAAGAGAUACUCCUGUCUCCGCUUCCCAAGUGCUGGGAUUAUCUGUUCAUUUUAAAAGUGAUCUUUAAAAACUCUCUAGAGGUUAGAGAGUUCUCUCAGUGGUUAGAGUACGUGCUUGAGAAUCCUCUUGAAAAAGAUCCAGGUUGGGUUCCUAGCACCCACAUGGUGGUGGUUGUUUUGUGACAAAGGAAAACAUAUGUAGAUCGCAGGUAGAUGCUGUCUGUUUGGAAGAAGGGAGCUCGAGGUGUAACAUCUUCGUGUGGUACUUACGUAGCACAAGCGAGCCUGAGUACACCAAGACAGAAGCUAGACCUACCACAGACAAACAGUUAUCAAAAACAAAACUAAAAACCCACAUCUCUCCCCUCCAUAGUCUCGCCUUGGCAGUUGCUGCCAUGUUAGCAGUUGUUCUGGGAUAUACCUGCAAGUUAAUUUGCCAGGUCGUCUCAUGUGUACGUCUUUAGCUUAAUAGUUAUGGGAAACUUAAGGUGUUUAUCAUACUUACGCUUCUACCAACAGUCUUUAAAAUUUUGCAGUUACGGUAGAUAUGAAAUUAUGCCUUACUGUUAUAUUAAUUUUCAUUGUCCUGAUUAUGGGUAGAAAAUCAUUGACUGUACCUUCCUGAGUGUAUAAUGAUUCUUUGUAUUGUUUAUUUUGUGCUUUCUGUUUUCUGAUUAUUUUGUAUUUAGUUUCUGCUGCUAAUCUUUUGUAUAUGGGGAUUUGUAAUGCAAAUACAUCCCCUUAAUUUUUUGUUCAUUUCUGAGGAGAAAAUGAGCCUUAGACCCAGUUUCUUCUCCUGUAUACACAAUAUGACAAGUUGCUUCCUAUACCAUAUGUAUGGGUGGGGUUUUCCUCGCACACCAAACAAGGGAGCAGUUCUGCAGCAGCAGCAGAUAGCAGCUGGAUGUCCUCUUAAACCAAAUUCUGGUCUGACAGUACCACGUAUCCAGAGUUCAGCCUCCAGGAUUGCCCCUUUCCCGUGCCAGAAAACUCAGGUUCCUGAAUCUCAAAAACCCAGACCAAAAAAAGGUCCUGAUUUUCCUAUUGUGGAAAAGCAGAACUGGCUGAUCCAUCUCCACUAUAUCCGGAAGGAUUAUGAAGCAUGCAAGGCUUUGAUUAAGGAACAGCUUCAGGAGACUCAGGGAUUGUGUGAAUAUGCGAUCUAUGUCCAAGCACUGAUUUUCCGCCUGGAAGGAAAUAUCCAAGAAUCCCUAGAACUCUUUCAGACGUGUGCUGUUCUCAGCCCUCAGUGUGCUGAUAAUCUCAAACAGGUGGCCAGAUCUUUGUGAAUUUCUCCUGGGAAACAUAAAGCCGCCAUUGAAGUAUAUAACGAAGCAGCUAAACUUAAUCAGAAAGAUUGGGAGAUCUGCCAUAACCUGGGAGUGUGCUACACUUACCUAAAGGAGUUCAGCAAGGCACAAGACCAAUUGCACAGUGCCCUCCAGCUUAACAAGCAUGAUCUGACUUACAUAAUGCUGGGGAAGAUCCACUUACUGGAGGGAGACUUGGACAAAGCCAUUGAGAUCUACAAGAAAGCAGUGGAGUUCUCGCCAGAAAAUACAGAUCUUCUUACAACUCUGGGAUUACUCUACUUACAGCUCGGUGUUUACCAGAAGGCAUUUGAACAUCUUGGGAAUGCACUGACUUAUGACCCUGCCAACUACAAGGCCAUCUUGGCAGCAGGCAGCAUGAUGCAGACCCAUGGGGACUUUGAUGUUGCCCUCACCAAAUAUAGAGUUGUAGCUUGUGCUAUUCCAGAAAGUCCUCCACUUUGGAAUAAUAUUGGAAUGUGUUUCUUUGGCAAGAAGAAGUAUGUGGCAGCUAUCAGCUGCCUAAAACGAGCCAAUUACUUGGCACCCUUCGAUUGGAAGAUUCUGUAUAAUCUGGGCCUUGUCCAUUUGACUAUGCAGCAGUAUGCAUCAGCAUUCCAUUUUCUCAGUGCAGCUAUCAACUUCCAGCCAAAGAUGGGGGAACUCUACAUGCUCUUGGCUGUGGCUCUGACCAAUCUGGAAGAUACAGAAAAUGCCAAGAGAGCUUAUGCAGAAGCUGUCCGCCUGGAUAAGUGUAACCCUUUAGUAAACCUGAACUAUGCAGUGCUGCUGUAUAACCAGGGUGAAAAAAAGGGUGCCCUGGCCCAGUACCAGGAGAUGGAGAAGAAAGUCAGCUUUCUUAAGGACAACAGUCCUCUGGAAUUUGACUCUGAGAUGAUAGAGAUGGCUCAGAAGUUGGGAGCUGCCCUCCAGGUUGGAGAGGCACUGGUCUGGACCAAGCCAGUCAAAGAUCCCAAGUCAAAGCAACGGACCAAUUCAGCCAACAAAUCUGCUCUCCAGCAGCCUCUGGGCUCCAAUCAAGCGCUAGGACAGGCCAUGUCUUCAGCAGCGGCAUACAGGAAACUCCCUUCAGGUGUUGUAGGAGGAGCCCAGCUCACAAAACCACCAUCACUUCCAUUGGAACCAGAGCCCACUGUGGAGGCAAGUCCAACAGAAGCAUCCGAACAAAAGAAAGAAAAAUAGCAAAAGGCACGAGAAAAAUAGGAUGACCCUGGAGUAGGGGGUCUCUUCGGUGAGACCAUAUAGAAGGUGGUCAGUCAUAGGACCAGGCAGGUGGAGGCCAGCUCUGUUCCCUGGGUGAGCACUGCAGAAUUAAAACAGAACCCAGGGUGCGGUGUCAUGAUCAGGAGGAGCAUAUAAGGCCCACGCAGCUCUUGGCUGGCCCCAUGAUCUAGGAACAAGGGAGAAGACAUGCUAGAUAGGCUUGAGGCCCUGCGUAUAUAGCUCCAAGAGUCAGCAAGGCAAAUGAUCAAAGAUCAUCACUCGAUGAAGGACUUUUAUGUUAAUAAAGGGAAAGGCACCUCUUCAGUAGUGAUGGUGUGGCCCCAUUCUCACUGGAUUGUGGAAACAUAUCAGUCCCCACUGUAAACACAAACCUUGGAUUAAGAACCUAGUUAAAUAGGGCUCUCCCCCCCCCCCUUAGAUUAAGUUGAGACCCAAUCUGGAAUGUAUCCUAGCUAUUUUGGCUCAGAGAAUCUAAAACAAGUCCCUAUUUUCAUUCUUCAAAGAAUGAAAGAGGUUAGACUCUGGAGCCAGAUCAUGACAGUAUAAGCAGUAGGAGACAAGGCUGGUCUGGAAUCAGCACCAAGGAUUUAAAGAAGGUGUGGGUAGGAUGACUGCAGAAUAGUUCAGUUGUUAGGGCUCCUGCUCAGUUUGCCAAGGCCCUGGGUUUGAUCCCUAGUACAGCUGAAAAAAGAACAGAGCUCUUAGCCAACGAAUUUUAACCAAGACAAUCAAUGAUAAAUGCUGACAGAUGCUCUCCUGGCCCAUUAGUGGCCUUUGUAAAGAUUAUGGACCACAAAGAGGUCUCAUUAAAAGCUUUUUAAAAAACAAAAAACAAAAACCUGUGAUCACUGUCUUUGUUUGUCUGUUUGUUUUUUACCUAUUUCCAGGCCUGGUUUGAAACCACCUCCGAGCCCAGUUGGUCUUAGCUAUAGUGCAGUCUCACAGCAACCUAGAAGUUGACCCCUGGAGGCAGUCCCUGUCUUCACUAUAGCUGGCAGCUAGAAAAUUAGCAUGCUGUCAAGCCAGAGUGUGGAGUUUGGCUAGGUCUGAUUUGACAGUUCUGAACAGAGGCCCUCUUCAGUUUUCUCAUCUCUGAUGGCAAACACGGUAAUUCCUUUGCCCAGGUAGCAGAUUUGUCAUGGAGUAAUCAAGAAAACUCACCUCUACAUCAGCAUGAAGGGUAGUACUGACUAAAUAGAUUGACUAAAACUAAAAGGUGUUGGUGAGAAAUAAUAAGGGUACAGGCUUAGAGGAAGAGGAGGGAAAGGAAGGAAGGAAGGAAGAAGGAAGGAA